AUGGUUAUACUCUUCAAUGAAUUCAAUUACUCCUAUAUUUGUGGCCCAUCUCAGACCCAGAACAAAACCCCACACAUUUUCUACAAAGCAGUCUCCAGAGUCAAGGAAAUGACAAUUGAUUUUGCAACUGAUAAUGGUCCCUUUACCAUUCUCCAUGAAAACACCCACAAGUGCCUCCAAAUUAAAAAUGGAUGGGUGGUAUCAGUGGAAUGCACAAAGGCAAAAGAUCUGCUAUGGAAAUGGGUGUCUCAUUACCGCCUCUUUCACUUGGAAUCCCAGAAGUGCCUUGGACUGGAGAAUACCAAAGGGAAAGAUUCUGUGAAAAUGUUCACCUGUGAUUCCAGUGUAAUGUUGUGGUGGAAGUGUGACCUGGGCUUUGUUCAUGGUGCUAACCAUCUUGGACUGAUUUUGAAGAAUGGGAUUCUGACCACCAGUGCCAAUUCAUCCGAUUCCUGGAAGAAAGGGGAUUCUGAUGAAAAUCUUUGUGACCGCCCUUACCUUGAAAUAUAUACUCAGAAUGGGAACUCAUAUGGAAAACCUUGCGAAUUUCCAUUCUUGCAUAAUGGAAUAUGGCAUCAUGACUGCAUUAGUGGUGGUGAUCAAGAAGGCUUAUGGUGUAGUACAAGUAUAAAUUAUGAUGAUGAAGGAGAAUGGGGAAUCUGUUUAAAACCAGAGAAUGGUUGUGAAGUUAACUGGGAAAAGAAUCCACAGCUUGGAAAUUGCUACCAGGUUAAUACCCAGACAGCUCUUUCAUGGAAAAAUGCUUACCUUUCAUGUCAAAGUCAAGGAGCAGACUUGCUGAGCAUUGGCAGUGUUGCUGAAUUAAAUUACCUUGUGGAGAAGGAUAGUAUUCCUAGAACUUUCUGGCUUGGCUUAAAUCAACUGGAUUCUUCUGGAGGUUGGGAGUGGUCUGAUCAUACUCCUUUAAAUUUUCUUAACUGGAGUCCAGAGAUGCCUGGUCCACCCAACAUAGGAAGUUCAAGUUGUACAAAAAUGUCUGCAAAAUCAAGAGAGUGGCAAAGUUUCCCAUGUGAUGCUGUACUUCCCUAUAUUUGCAAAAAGCAACUCAACAAUACAGUGGAAUUACCAGAUGUUUGGACUUAUGUGGAAACACGUUGUGACUUGGAUUGGCUGCCCAGCAAUGGAUACUGCUAUCUGAUGGUAAAUGAAACUGAUUCCUGGGACAAUGCAAAUGUGGGAUGCCAAGAGAAAGGGAGUAAUCUAAUCAGCAUCCACUCCUUAGCAGAUGUUGAAGUUAUUAUUCAAAAGCUUCAUAAAGAUACCCGGGAAGAAAUCUGGACAGGCUUCAAGAGCAAGACCAUACCAACUGAAUUUCAGUGGUCAGAUGAUUCUAAAGUGACUUUUACUUACUGGGAUCACAAUGAGCCAAAUAUUGCCUACAGUAGCACUCCGAACUGUGUUAGCUAUUCAGGAAAGUUAGGUAGGUGGAGAGUUCGUCCCUGUGGAGAAAAACUUAAAUACGGGUGCAAGAAAAGAGGAGAGAAUGUCAGUGAAACCCCGUAUGAUAAAGAAUGUCCUCAAGAGAAGGGCUGGAAAAGACAUGGGGAGGCCUGUUACAAGAUUUAUGAAAACAAAGUUCCAUUUGGAACCAUUUGCAAUCUUACAAUAACCAGCAGAUUUGAGCAAGAAUAUUUAAACAGUAUAAUUAAAAAAUAUAGCAAAACUGAAGGAAACUACUUUUGGACUGGCUUGAGAGAUGCAGACUCUCAAGGAGAGUAUAAUUGGGCAAGUGUAGGUAGAAGCCCAAGUGUAACCUACGUAAACUGGAAUACUCUUCAACCAGCUUCACCAGGUGGAUGUGUGGCAAUGUCAAGUGGAAUGUCUCUUGGAAGAUGGGAGGUCAAAAAUUGUAAAAGUUUCAGAGCACUUUCCAUUUGCAAGAAAAGAAUUGGGCCCCCAGAAAAAGAAACCCCUAUUAAUGUUGAUGCUCCCUGCCCUGAUGGCUGGAAAGGUUUUCCCUCAAGUCAUUCUUGCUACAGGUUUUUUCACAAGAAUAGAAUCCUGAAAAAAAGGACAUGGGAAGAAGCUGAGCAAUUCUGCCAAGCUCUGGGGGCACAUCUUCCUAGCUUCACCCACAAUGAAGAAAUAAAGGCAUUUCACAAGCUCCUAAAAACUCAGCUGAGUGACUCACGUUGGAUAUGGAUAGGAUUGAAUCAGAGGAGUCCUGAUUACCAGGGAUCCUGGCAGUGGAGUGACAAUUCACCUAUGUCUUCAUUUGUUAUCCCUCCUGAGUUCCAAGAAAAUUAUGAUGUCAGAGAUUGUGCUGCCUUCAGGGUUGGUUACCAUGAGGUUAGGCAUUCAUUCUUUCUCUGGAAUCACUUUGCAGAAGAGUUGGACAUUUUGUUGAAACCUUUCGCUUGCGAUGUAAAGCUUGAAUGGGCGUGCCAAAUACCCAAAGGCCAAAUACCAGAGGCGCCAGUUUGGUUUGUUCCAGGUAGUGGAAGAAUUAAUGGACUACCUGUUCUUACUUUUGAAGAAACUGAGUACUGGUUUGUUGUUGAACCUCGCUUAAGCUUUGAAGAAGCAUUCAUAUAUUGUACUAGAAAUGAAAGUUCCCUUGCUUCUUUCAACUCCUUUGCAGAAUUCCAAACCAUCAGAAGUGAAAUACAAAAUAUAUCUGGGGAUGAACAGAAAUGGUGGGCACAACCUUUAUUUAAAGCACCUUAUUCAUACUUUCAUUCAAGGUAUAACUAUCUUGAUGGUUAUGAGGAUGGAUGUUGGUUCAUCUCUUCAAAAUUAUAUAGAGGUUUUCAUAGAAAAAUCAACUGUGAUACUCAGCUGCCUUUCAUAUGUGGGAAAAAAAAUGCAUCUCUGUUUGAAAAAUACAUUCCAGGGCCUGAAGCUAAAAAGCCAUGCCCUGCAAAAUGGAGUCCAUUUAAAAACAAGUGCUUUCUUAAGGUGAAGAACCAGAACUUGACAUUUGCAGAAGCAAACCAUAUUUGUACUACCUAUGGUGGGACUCUUCCUUCAGUCCUGAGCCAGAGUGAACAAGACUUUAUUACAAUGCUACUUCCUGACCUAGAGCAAAAGUUUUGGAUUGGUCUGAAAGAAUAUAGCCCUAGGAUGAGACAAAAAUGGAUCGAUGGACAGGAGCUCAACUAUAAAAACUUCCACCCGUUAUUGAAGGGCAGAGAGGACAAUAUACCAUUUUUUAUUGACCUAUGUACUGUAAUGUUGAAUCUUGGGGAUUCACCUUUUACUGGGACAUGGAAUUUCACUGAAUGUAGUACAGUUCACUCACUGUCUCUGUGUCAGAGGUAUUCAGAGGUUCAAGAAAACCAGACCCAGAAGAAUGUUUCAGAAACUAUGAAAUUUCAAGAUCAUCUGUAUAAAAUAAUCAUGAAGAAUUUGAGCUGGUAUGAUGCUCAAGAGGAGUGCCUCAGUGAUAACAUGCAGCUAGUUAGCAUCACAGAUCCCUAUCAACAGGCUUUUCUCUCAGUGCAGGCUGCCCUUCUUAGUUCCCCUCUGUGGGUUGGACUCUACAGCAUAAGCAGUAAUCUCGACUUUAGAUGGUCAGAUGGAAAGCAGGUGAAUUUCAGUCGCUGGUUUGAAGAUAGUGACCAAUUGCUUGAUGACUGUGCAAUUUUGGACCCUGGAGGAUUCUGGAAAACUUCUGACUGUGAAAGUGGACAGCCUGGUGCUAUCUGCUACUUUCCAGGAAAAAAUGAAGAAAAAGUGAAGCAAGUUGAAACAGUUAAAUGUCCACAUGCUGUCUUAAAUACCCCUUGGAUACCUUUUCGGAACAGUUGUUACAGUUUCAUGAUUGCACCAAAUAGAUAUAUUGAACAAACUACUGCUGAAAUGAACAUUAAAUGCCAAAAAAUGAACCCAGGUGCACGUGUUCUGAGCAUUCGAGAUGAGCACGAGAAUACCUUUGUCCAGAAACAACUUCAAACUUUCCACUCUCUUGCUUUAUGGGUAGUGUUGGGCGUGACUUAUUAUAAUAAUUCUCUAAUAUGGUCUGAUAUGACUAGGAUGACUUACACAAACUGGCAAGCCGGGAGGCCAACUGUGAAAAAUGACAGGUUUUAUGCUGGCUUGAAUCUUGAUGGUUUAUGGGAUAUUUUCCCUUAUGGCAGAGACAUCCUUUAUUUUCAUCAACAUAACAUUCAAGCAUGUAAAAUUGAAAUGGGUGAUGCCACAGAAGAAUUCAAUUAUACUCUGCCACAACUAAUACCAUAUGGUGACUCUGUGUAUAGUGUUGUUGCAAAAAGGUUAUCAUGGUACAAAGCUUUGCAAAUAUGCCAACAAAAUGGAGGAGACUUGGCAAGUGUGCAUGAUAAAAAUGGCAGUCUCUUUCUAGAAGACAUUGUAAGACGUGAUGGGUUUCCGCUGUGGGUUGGACUUUCAAGUCACGACGGAACUGGAUCCAAUUUUGAAUGGUCUGAUGGGAGUGCCUUUGACUACAUCCCAUGGAAAGAUAAGCUCCAUCCUGGAAACUGUAUUUCUCUAAAUCCUAAAGGAAUUUGGAAACAUGAAAAUUGUGAUUCCAUUAAGGAUGGUGCUAUCUGUUAUCGACAGUCUCCAAAAACUAAACAGGCACAAGUGCUCACACCUGAUUCUGGAUGCUCGAAGACUAAAGAGAGCCAGUGGUUUCGCUAUAAAGAUUACUGUUACACAUUUGGCAAAGCAUUGUAUGGGUUCUCAGAAGCUAAAAUGUUCUGCCAAAACAUUGAUCCUCAAGCCAUCAUUGUUUCUAUAAAGGAUGAAGAUGAGAAUAAAUUUGUCAGCAAGCUGAUCAGAGAAAACAAAAACAUCACUAUGAGAGUGUGGCUUGGGUUAUCACAACACUCUUCUGAUCGGUCUUGGCAUUGGUUGGAUGGUUCAGUGGCCCAGUAUGUGAAAUGGAAAAAGAAGACCAAUGCUGGUGGAAACUGUAGCAUUCUACUGGCCACAAGUGAAGCUUGGAAUAAAGUUAAAUGUGAUCAAGGAUAUGGAAGAGUGGUUUGUAAAAAAUCUGUGGGAACCACCUUCACAGGAGUGGCUCUAGCAUUUGUGGUGAUAACUCUUCUAGCACUCUUUGGAGGACUGAUUUGGUACCUCUACAAAAAAAAUCACCUGCACUGGACUGGCUUCACUUCAGUGCGCUAUGAGCCGGGCGUGAAUGAAGAUGAUGCUGAAGUGUUUACAUCAUUCAAUGACUGAGUAUUUCUAAAAGUUGUCCUAGUAGAGAGGAAAUGAGUUAGUUACAAGUUCCAAGGUGUCAGUGUUAACCUGGUCCAAAGUAAAAAAAAAACACAUUUUCGUAGACCUUUUUCUUUGAGAAUGGUUGUCAUGAUUACUCUCCCUCUCCCCCAUGAUUACCCUCUCCCCCAUGAAGUUUAUCGGUAUUCAGUUAUUUUUCCCCUUCCCAUAAUUGAAUGAAUGUUCAAUUCCCAGUUUAUGUGUUUUCUUCCUCCAGCUUACGAUCAGAUGAAACACUGUAUCAGGUAGAGUUUGGGUUGGGGAAAUACUUCUAAUAUUUCUCACUAGCAACGUUGAUGCAUGCCUUGGAUACUCUGUCUCAUUUGCAUUUUGGCUGUAGAAGAUCACAAUUUAGACAAGAAAUGAACUUAGUACCCUUCCAAAUAGGAAGUGGUCAUACCAUUUUUGUUCUGUUCAAGUGUUUUUUCAGCUCUUCUAAGAAAAUUCUUGGUUUUCAGAUAAGUAGCAUGAUCCUCUUAGUCACAGAUUUUUAUGGUACCACUGACUGCAUUUAGACCAGUUGCUUUUCAUGGGGGAGGGAGGACACUUGCCUAGUACAGCUUAGUGUCAAGAGUCUUUAGUGGAACUCUGGUUAUAGAUUUUUCUCAGAUGUAGAAGUCAAGUUUGUCCUCUUUGUAUUGGAUAGGCAUUCAUUCUGCAGUUCUACUGAAUUCUUAAUGUGUGUCUAGUGCAGGUGACUUUCCCCCUCCCUGCCCUAAAAGGAACCAGGUAAACAGCUGAAGAUUUCUAGGCUUGAAAUAUCCCUCCCCCUUUCUCCCCCCACCACCCCAGCAGUUGGUCUCUCCACCCCUAGAACAAAGCCAUGAAGCACAAGACUGAUCCAAGAGCCUUCAGCAGUCUUGUCUAUUCUUGUUGUGAUUUGCUGCCUGUUUAUAAGAGCUGAGAAGGUGUGUUCUACUCUGUGAUCAUAAGAAAUUAUUUUAAAAUUGAAACUGCAAAAUUUAUAAUUACUACUCGUUUAAUGGCAAAAGACUCUUGAAUGGUUUACUGUGAACUUUGUAACGUAACAUCCAUUCCUUCCUGAGAUAACCGAUGGAUGUGCUCGUUUUGUAUAAACUUUUAACUCCUGAAUUUAUAUUUGCACUAUUAAAAUUUUUGUAUACAUUCUAAAGAUAAAACUUAAUUUUAAUCCUACUCGCAGGACCCCUGUAUUGUGACACUAUACAAAUUUCCCUUUUUUAAAAUAUUUCAUCAAUGUCUUCCACUAACUUUAAUGGAAUAAUCCCUCAGUACCUUUAAUCUACCAGACUUGUUUCUUUGUCAUUUGAACUGAACUAUAUGAUGUCUUAACUUAUUUUUGCAAAGACCUGGGGCCAAUUUACUGUUUUAGGGGGUUCAGAUAUUUAAAAUAGAGUACCUUAAUAAAGAAUGUUUGAAAGUC